AUGUCAUCAAGGGGCUCAUUCCGAGGACGAGGAAGGGGAGGUUCAAACACCCGGUUCACGGGGAAGAAGAGAGGUAGAGGUGGUGGUGUAGCAUAUGGUAUCGAUAGACCAGCACCGAAAAGAGAAGAUGAUGGUACUGCCGCGGCAGAGAAAUUUGAAGAAGUGAAAAUACAAGAUGAGAUCGACGAGAAAUUGGGUUUCUGGAGAUUCGAAAGUUCACGUGCGGAAGGAGAGGAAAAAAUAGGUUGGUUGGUUAAUAUGCAUCAAACUCUCAUACAGAGUACAUCGCAUGCGGGUGGAUCAGCAGCAGUAGAUUUCUAUUUCAUACAAGAUGAUGGAGGAAUGUUUAAAGCUACUAUACCUUAUGAGCCUUAUUUCUACGUGACAUGUCGUGCCGGAACAGAAACCAUAGUGGAAGAAUGGUUGUUGAAACGAUUUGAAGGCGUGGUGGUGCGUAUAGUGAGGGAAAAGAAAUGGGAUCUUGAUUUGCCGAAUCAUCUACUAUCGGCACCGCCUAUAUUCCUUAAAUUAUUCUUCCACAACACGGCGGAUCUUCAAGGCAUUCGAAGGGAACUUUUACCUUUGGCACAAUCGAAUUCGGCGAAAUUUACAGCUGUAGAUGCGUAUGCUGAUAUGGUAGGAGCUGAGAAUGCUAUGAAUGGACAUGGUGAUGAUCAAGAAGAAAAGGCUUGGGGUGCAGAAGAUGAAGGUCGAAAACGAAGAGAUAAAGAACCGUCAGAAUGUAUAAUAGAUAUAAGAGAACAUGACAUAAAUUAUUAUCUUCGAGUGGCAAUUGAUCUUGAUGUGCGAGUCGGUUUAUGGUACACUGUAACAUCACAUACUGGUAUAAUAUCACUAGAAAGAAUAACAUCAUUAGUCAAGCGAGCUGAACCUGUAGUAAUGGCAUAUGACAUUGAAACUACGAAACAACCACUCAAAUUCCCAGAUCAGCAAACGGAUCAGAUUAUGAUGAUAUCAUAUAUGAUUGAUGGCCAAGGGUAUCUGAUAACGAAUAGGGAGAUCGUAGCAGAGGAUAUCGAUGAUUUCGAAUACACACCGAAAGAAGAAUAUCCAGGAGAUUUCACCAUUUUCAACGAAGCUGACGAGCCUGCAUUGAUACGGCGCUGGUUCGAACAUAUAAGAGAAUCAAAACCCACAGUCAUGGUCACCUACAAUGGAGAUAGUUUCGAUUUCCCAUUCGUAGAUGUUAGAGCAAAAAUUCAUGGAAUAAAUAUGUAUGAUGAGAUAGGAUUCAAGCCGGAUAUAGAGGAUGAAUAUAAAUCAAGAGCUACAAUGCACAUGGACUGUUUUAGAUGGGUGAAACGAGAUUCUUAUCUACCACAAGGAAGUCAAGGUCUCAAAGCUGUCACUACUGCUAAAUUAGGAUACAACCCUAUUGAAUUAGAUCCUGAGCUCAUGACGCCAUACGCUAUCGAGCAACCACACAGUCUUGCACAGUAUUCGGUCUCCGAUGCGGUUGCCACAUAUUACCUAUACAUGAAAUACGUCCAUCCCUUCAUCUUCUCGCUGUGUAACAUCAUCCCCCUAAAUCCAGAUGAAGUACUGAGGAAAGGUAGUGGAACUUUGUGUGAAACACUUUUGAUGGUCGAAGCGUAUCAAGCGCAUAUCAUCAUGCCAAAUCGGCAUGAAGAUCCACAUGGAAUGACAUAUGAGGGUCAUUUGCUGGCUUCAGAGACAUAUGUCGGUGGUCAUGUAGAAGCGUUGGAAGCUGGAGUGUUCAGGAGUGAUAUACCGACACACUUCAAGAUGGAACCCAGUGCAUGUGAACAACUCAUUGGAGACCUUGAUGCCGCAUUGCAAUUCUCCUUGGUCGAAGAAGGUCAAAUCAAGCUUGAAGACGUCGCAAAUUAUGAUGAGGUCAAAGCCGAAAUUCAAACAGCACUUGAGCUUAUGCGAGAUAACCCAAACCGUCUAGAUAAACCCCUCAUUUACCAUUUAGACGUCGCAGCAAUGUAUCCCAAUAUCAUGUUGUCAAAUCGUCUACAACCUGACUCAAUGAAAGAAGAAGCGGAUUGUGCAGUUUGCGAUUACAAUCGACCGGACAAGACAUGUGAUAGAAGGCUAGAAUGGGCGUGGAGAGGGGAGUAUUUCCCAGCGAAGAGGGAUGAAGUCAACAUGGUUCGAUACGCUUUGGAGCAAGAGUUGUUUCCUCCGAAACAUCCUAACGCACCCAAAAGGCGAUUUGUGGAUCUACCUCAAGGAGACCAAUCAGCACUGAUACAUAAACGUCUUGGUGAUUAUUCGCGAAAAGUAUACAGGAGAACUCACGAAACCAAAAUUGUCACCAAGACUUCCAUCAUCUGUCAACGAGAAAAUUCUUUUUAUAUCGACACUGUGCGAGCUUUCCGAGAUCGAAGAUACGAAUAUAAAGGUCUCCACAAAACAUGGAAGAAAAAUCUUGAUAAAGCCAUUGACGAAGGAGGUGCUGUGAGCGCCGUGGAUGAAGCUAAAAAGAUGAUUGUUUUAUACGACUCCCUGCAAUUAGCUCACAAGUGUAUCUUGAACUCGUUCUAUGGAUACGUCAUGAGAAAAGGAGCAAGAUGGUACUCCAUGGAAAUGGCUGGUAUCACCUGUCUAACAGGAGCUACGAUCAUUCAGAUGGCUCGACAAUUGGUUGAACAAAUUGGAAGACCGUUGGAAUUGGAUACGGAUGGUAUUUGGUGUAUGCUUCCAGGGGUUUUCCCCGAAGAUUUCAAGUUCAAACUCAAGAAUGGGAAAAGCUUCGGUAUAUCAUAUCCUUGUACCAUGUUAAAUCAUCUCGUUCAUGCCAAAUUCACUAAUCAUCAAUACCACGAACUGGUCGACAAAGAAUCUGGCAAGUAUGAAAUUAGAAAGGAGAACAGUAUUUUCUUCGAAUUAGACGGUCCUUACAAAGCGAUGAUUUUACCCUCAUCAAAGGAAGAAGACAAAUUACUGAAGAAACGAUAUGCGGUAUUCAACCCGGAUGGAUCUUUAGCAGAAUUGAAGGGGUUCGAAGUCAAAAGACGAGGUGAACUUCAGUUAAUCAAGAUCUUCCAAUCUCAAAUAUUCGACAAAUUCUUGCUUGGUACCACUACAGAAGAAUGUUAUGCUGCCGUAGCAGAAGUUGCUGAUCAAUGGCUUGAUAUCUUGCAAAGUAAAGCCUCCUCUUUGCAUGACGAUGAACUGGUCGAUCUUAUCGCUGAGAAUAGAAGUAUGUCCAAGACACUAGCGGAAUACGGAACACAAAAGUCUACCUCUAUUAGUACCGCUCGAAGACUGGCUGAAUUCUUGGGUGAUCAAAUGGUAAAAGACAAAGGUUUAUCAUGUCGAUUUAUCAUUUCCGCCAAACCCAAUGGUGCUCCAGUAACAGAACGAGCUAUCCCGGUAGCCAUUUUCACCGCCGAGGAACCUGUCAAACGGCAUUUCCUGAAAAAAUGGUUGAAGGACAACAGUCUUACUGAAUUUGACCUGCGAACGAUCCUCGAUUGGGGCUAUUACACGGAACGAUUAGGCUCUGUCAUCCAAAAAUUGAUUACUAUCCCCGCUGCUUUACAAAAGGUAGCCAAUCCAGUACCGAGAAUCAGACACCCCGAUUGGCUUUUCAAAAGAGUAGCUGCUAAAGAAGAUAAGUUCCAACAGCACAAACUCACAGAUAUGUUCGCCAAGAUGAAAACAAACGCAAUUGCAAAAGAUAUGGAAGAUAUGGGUAAAUCAAAGACCGCCGGUCCGAAAAUGGCUCUAGUGAAAAAGAAGAAGGUUACAAGGGAAAAGACACCUGAAGCUGUUCCCGAUCCUACCGAGGACUAUUCUGAGUAUAUCCGAGUGAUGAAGAAAGAAUGGCGAAAACAACGAAUCGAACGUUCUCGAGCGAGGAAACAAGGUCCAAGACAAGAUGGUACUGUUUCGUCGAUGUUGAAGACGAGAUCUAUCAACCUUGCUUCAAGACAAUGGGAUAUCAUUCAAAUAGCUUCAACGAAUCGACCUGGAGAGUUUAGAUUGUGGUUGGCUAUUGAUGGGACUUUCCAAUCUGUUCGACUGAGAAUUCCUAGGGAGUUUUACCUGAAUUUCAAGAAUUUACCCGUUGAAGGCACUUUCUCAGAUCGGUAUGAAGCAACUACCGUAGCCAGAGUAUUACCCAGGGGCCAGGCAGCAAGACAUCUUUUCAGAUUGUUAGUGGACGAAACCUUAUUUGUAGAAGGCGAAUCGCACUUUUCAAGUAUGAUCAACAAUCCAAAUGUCGACGGAGCAUAUGAACUUCAGGUACCACUGGUUGUUCGAGCAUUACUUCAAUUUGGCACAAGCUGUACCCUCAAAACAUCUUCUUUGGGUGGACUGAAUAGAGGUUUGGAUAAAGGUUUUGAUUUAUCCGAUCUCGAGAAACCGGGCACAAGCGUUUUAAGACAUAGAUACCUUGAUGAAGGUAAAGGAAUUCGAUACCAUUUCAUCUAUCAUGCCACUUUCAAUUCGAGACAUCUCAUCGCCCUUUUCUCACCCGAUAGUCCAGUGAAGACAUAUGUCGUGGACAGUUCUAGGACACCCGAAAGAUUACCCAACCCUGCAAGAUGGUAUACCGAAAAGGUCGAUGUAGCUACCAAAGGUAUAUUUUCAUAUCCUGAGUCAAUCGAAUUUGUUACGAACUACUACAAAACGGAAUUAUCAGCUUUGAGACAACUAGCAAAAGAUAUCCAAGUUAUCAGACAUGGUCUGAAUGUUGUUGCUCUUUGUUCACCCUUUGAACAUUCUUACUACCAAGUCACCGCUCCCGUCUUCUCCGAAUUCCCCUUCAUCACUUUCAAAGGUAAUGACGAGAAACCAAGUGUGGGUUGGCUAGUCCAAACUAGUAGAAGAAUGGUAGCGCAAUAUCUUAAGUUAUCGAGCUGGGUCAAAGAUCAGAUUGAGAUCGCUGCUCAUUACGAUGUGCCAGUUGGCAAUCUGGGCCAAGAUGCACCUGUUUUCCUAGCUGAUAUCGAAUUUGCCCGACGUCUCAAACAACAAGAUAUGAUCCUAUGGUGGUCAGCUUCUUCCCGACCGGACCUGGGCGGUUCAGAAGAGGAUGCCAACCUCGGCGAAGAUCUUAUCUCACCCCGCAUGUCGAGCAGAGGAUGUUAUUCUUCAGUCGUCCUGGAAAUGGAAAUCUCGGAUCUAGCCAUCAAUGCGGUCCUCCAGUCUGCUCUAGUCAACGAGAUGGAAGGCUCAGGUACAGGUUCUCUGGCAUUUGACUCUGCAUCACACAACCUUGAUGAAUACGCUAAAGGAACGGCAAACUCAUCGGUUAUGCUUGGUGAUGCUGUGUUGUCAACUCAGACUUUUGGUGUGCUCAAGUCAAUGGUCCGAUCAUGGUUCCUCGAUAAAGCACGUGCACACGUCAAGGGGAUUUACUCAACACCAUCUGAUCUUGUGGUCGAUCAGUUCUGGAGAUGGGUCAGUUCUUCAGCAAGUAAUAUGUUUGAACCCGCGCUACAACGAUUUCUUCACGGUCUGAUGCGGAAGACUUUCUUGCAAUUAUUAGCGGAAUUCAAAAGGUUAGGGACUCAGGUGGUCUAUGCGGAUUUCAAUCGAAUCUUCCUGUUGACAACUAAACCAGACGCUGGAAGCGCCUUUGCUUUCGCGAAAUACCUUGUAACAGCUGCCAACUCCCAAGAAUUGUUCAGACACUUAGUCAUCGACGUUACUCAAUUCUGGAACUAUUUAGCUUGGAUGGAUAUAGCUAAUUUCGGUGGUGUGAAAGUCCCACCUGAGAUUGCAUCUUCGAGAGAUCCGCCACCAGCGAAAUUCGAGAUUAGUAUGGAUUGGAAUAUACAAUCUUUCUUACCUGGUGUACUUCAACCUGUUUUCGAAAGGAAUGUAGCUCAAUUCAUUUUCCAAUUAUACAGCGCUAAAAGAUCAUCACAUGAUGAUCGAGCUCCAUUACGAGUUAUACAUAACCUAAACAUCGAUGUACCAGGAGAAAACACAUCCACUAUAAACCCUGCUAAAGAAAAGGAGAAAUCCACUGGACAGAAAUCGAUCAAUCAAACACUCACACGGAAAUUAUUGAAUGAUAUAUCCAAAAUCAAGAAAUUACAAGCUUUAUCACACGUUGAUGAAACCAAAGCUGAGAGCUUAUUGUUCCCCGAAUUACCUGGAUCCAGAGGAGAUAAAUCGAAUCCAACUUUAGAAUUAAUCAAAUCAAUCACAGAAGUAUAUUCGUUAGCUUCUGAACAUUUAAUUGAAAUUCAAAUCCUCAAAAGAAAUUUAUUAGACUUGAUUUCAAUAAGAGAAUUUUCCGGAGACGCGAAUUUCAAAAACCCCUGUGAAAGUAUAGAAAUACCGAUGAUCAUUUGCAAGAAAUGUAACUCAAUCAGAGAUGUUGAUCUCUGUAGAGAUCCAGAUAGAUUACCUACUAUAGAUCCUCAAUCAGGUGAAAUAUUACCUCCUUCAAGGAAAACAUGGGUUUGUCAUAAAUGCGAUUCAGACUAUGAUAGAUUCCAAAUUGAACAACCAUUAAUAGAGAUGAUUUCCAAAAUGGUAACUUCAUAUCAAACACAAGAUGUGAUUUGCAUGAAAUGCUCUUCUACGAAAUCAGAUAAUUUGGCUGCGACAUGCCAUUGUGGAGGAUCAUUCAAAUCUUCUUUAAGUAAGAAUGAACUGAAGUGGAAGUUGAAAAUGAUUAAAAGUGUUUCACAAUAUCAUGAACUUGCUUUGGCCGGAAGUUACGUCGAAGAAACGUUGAACAGAUUUUAG